AUGUCUUAAAUUCAUAACGAUUUAUGUAUUAAAGGGAUCGACGAGUUGAGAUAAGCAUUUAAAGCAGUUCAACCUUAAACUAGAUAAUCAAGUCAACAUAAGUACAACUAAGGAGAAAUUGAAGUGGAAAGAGUCAUUGAAACUUCAUAGCCAGUUCAUCAUAGUCAUUGUCAUCCAAUAUGUAUUUAGUAGCCUUAACAAUUUCCAAUAACAUAUUAACCAUAUGUAAUCGUCUAAGAAUAACCAAUUGCUGAAAGGAAAUCAAAGAAGAAGAAGAAAAAAUCAAUCAGUGCAGUUUAGGAAUAAUUUCAAGUAGAAGAAAUCGUUAGGAAGAAUCAUAAGAGAGUUGAGUAACCUCAUGUUAAUUUUGAGAAAGAGUUGAAUCAUCUGGAAUCAUUAAUUAGGUUGGUGAAGGUUUAAGGACAACCUUCGCAAGUCUUAGAAUAUAAUAUAAGUAUUCCUGAAACAGAAAAACCUAAGGACAAUUCAGAAAUGAUUACUCUGAUCUAAGCUCUUAAACCUCAACCAAUUUAACUACCUAAAGAUGAAUAUGUAAAAAUGGAAAAUGCUCGUUUACAUGAGGAGGCUAAAUAAACGAAAAUAUAAUUUCAUGAACUUUAAGUUAAAUAUGAUGAACUACUUAAAAGAAAGAGGAAGGAGAAGGUAGUUAAAGAAAUUGAAUACAAAGAAAUUCCUUAAAUCGUUGAAGUACCAAGAGAUGUGAUUAAAGAAGUUAUCAAACCAAUUGAAGUAGUUAAGGAAGUGAUAAAAGAAAUCUAAAAACCUGCUGAAAUCAAUUUUAAGGAAAUUCCCAUAUACAUUCCGCAAUACAAGGAAGUGAGUGUAAAUAAAGAGGUUCCAGUCUACAAGGAAAUUCCAGUAGAGAAGUCCAUAAAUGUUUACAAGGAUAUUCCAGUGUAUAAGGACGUUCCUGUAUAUCAUGAUGUUCCUGUCUUUCGAGACGUGCCUAUUUACUAAAAGGUUCCAAUUUACAAGGAAGUGCCAUUGUAUGCAGAGCCUGUUGAUGUUUAUAGAGAGAUUCCUGUGUAAAAGGAGGUAUAAAGAAUUCCUGAGAGGUUUGUUGAAGUACCACAUUUAGAUGAGACAAGAAAGAGAAUAAUAUCACCUAGAGGAUAUGAUAGAUCUUAUAUUCGAUCUCCAUAUGAGUGA